CCGGCGGAUUGUGUUGUGAAUUUAUCUGCGAAAAUGGACCUGAACACUCUGCUGCAGCGCGCCCAGAACCUGACCAAUGAGGCGAAGGCGGAGUGCGAGCUGCCCGCCGUGGAGCGGACGCUCCAGCAGGUCCUGCAGGCCACCACGGAGCUGCACUCGCGCGUCACCCAAACCGGCGGCAAGGAGAUCCAGGCCCACAUCCUGCUGGGAUCCAAGGGCGUGGACCUGCCCAAGCUCAACCAGAAGCUGGAGGCGCUGAGUGCCCGGAAAGCCUUCGAACCGCUGGACGUAAAAGCAGACACCGAUGUGCGCACCUUUCUGAAGAACGAGCGCGAGAACGCCAUUCUCUCGGUGAUCGAGGACACCAACAAGAAUAUAAACGACUCUGUGAGCAAGCAAAAGUGGGCCAGCAUGAACAGCGCCUGGAACGAGGAGAAGACCCGCCUGCUGGAUGCCCUAAUUGCGCCCUCGCAGAACUUCAUCGACCUGCAACGGCUGCCCGAGCCCACCAUCCUGAAUCCGCACUGCCAGCCGCGUUCCUGCCUCGAUCCUCUGGAGCUUGUGUACGCCCAGGAGUUGCGCCAAUACAACGAGCUGCUUUUAAAGGGCAGCCAGCGGCCCAAUCUCGUCCAGAAGUUCGCCCAACUCUCCCAGAGCUUCGGCGACUCUCGGCUGACUGACAUGUGGACCCUGCUCACUUGCGUCACCCAAAUAAGCGAACCACUGCACUCGGAUCCCCUCAAGAGUCGCCAGCAGAGGCCAGAGUUUGUUAACUAUGGGAAAUCCUAUUUGGAGCGACGCUACCGGGUGUUCAUGUGCUCCCAGGUGGGCGGCUCCUAUGCCAGCAAUAGCUAUCAACUGGUCCUCGCCUACGUGAGCCAUCGUUUUAGCGCCCAGCAGACCAUUGGACUGGUGGACACCGUGGGCGAACGACCCCUUUGGCCGCUGGUCUACUACGGAUUGCGAUGUGGUUCGGCCGAAACGGCGGUGGAGUUCCUGCGCGCAGCGGGCAGCAGCCACGAGGAGUUCGCCCAGCUGGUCGCGGAUCGGAAUGCGGGCGAAAUUAACUCGAGAAUAGAGAAUCAGUUGCGCCUUCAGUACGCCAACAAGAUACGCAACUCGACGGAUGCCUACAAGAAGGCCGUUUACUGCAUCCUGCUGGGCUGCGAUGUGAAUGAAGUUCAUGGCGAGGUGGCCAAGACCAUCGAUGACUUCCUGUGGAUCCGACUGGCCAUGCUGCAGCCGGGAGACGCCGCCAGCUAUGGCAAACUGCAGUCGCUGAUUCUGGAGAAGUACGGCGAGAAGUACUUCAAUGCCGGGCAGCAGCCGCAUCUGUAUUUCGAAACCCUGGCGCUCACGGGCCAAUUUGAGGCCGCCAUUGAGUUCCUGGCCCGUCGGGAGGAAACCCGCGUCCAUGCCGUGCACAUGGCCAUAGCUCUACAUGAGUUGGGUCUUCUGGGCGGAGCGCGCAGUGUGUCGCAGCCGCUGCUCUCGAUUGAUAUCAUGGAUCCGCAGCCACUGAGGCGCCUCAAUUUGACCCGCUUGAUCCGGCAGUAUGUACAGCGAUUCGAGCGCACGGACACCACGGAGGCCCUGCACUACUACUACACCCUGCGCUGCUUGAGGGAUCCCAGGGGCCGCAACAUGUUUAUGGCCUGCGUGUGCGAUGUGGUGGUGGAUAGUGGUGUCUUUGAUACCACCAUAUUUGAUUUGAUUUUCGGCCAGCGGCAGGCGAGUGACCAAGAGGAGGUUAACAGUGGCCUCUUCCGCCAGUUCGACUGCCCGGAGUUCGACACGCGCACCAUGGCCGCUCUGGUGGCCGACGAACUGGCCUCCCUGGGCAACUUUGAGAUCUCGGCGAGGCUCUACGAAAUGGCUGGCAAAUACAGCCUGGCUUUAAAGCACAUUUGCAUCCUGCUGGCCCAAGUGGUGCAGCUGCCCACGCUGGGCGGUUCGUUGAGGGAGCGGCUGGGUGUGGAGGCCCAGAGAUUCAGCCAACUGCUGGCCAGCGACAGCAUCGAGGUGGAGCCCAAAAUGAAGGCCAGCUUUGUGCUGCUGCAGGAUCUGCUGAUCUUCUUUAACUUGUAUCACGAAGGGAAGCUUAGUGCCGCCUUGGAGCAGCUAAAACAGACCCAGUUGAUGCCCCAGACGACGAACGAUGUGGAGGUUUGCCUGGCGAAUGUGAGGCGCCUCAGCGGCGAGGUGAUCAAGGUGCUGCCCGAUGUCAUUGUGGCCGCCAUGGACAUUGCCCAGCGGCAGUACAAGCAGCUGAAGGAGGGAAUGGGAGGCUCCCUGGAGCAGAGCCAAAUGCAGCAGCUCCGUCAGAAAGCGAAAGCCCUGUCUAACAUGGCUGCUACAAUGCCAUACCGACUGCCCUACGACACCAACAGGCGGCUGAUUCAACUGGAGCUGGUGAUGCACUAGAAUAAAGGUAGUUUAAGGCAUGAA